AUGUCCGCGCUUCGCUCACAACCAUUGCAACCAUUAAAUGGCGGUCAAUUGAAUGUCAGGUCUAACAACAUUACACCAAUCAAAGGUGCUAGACGAACACAAGAAGUCAAACCUGAACAACGACAACAAACAAAGAAGAAAAAAGAGAAAUUAUCGGCAUUAUGUAAGACCCCUCCUUCCAUUGUUAGAACCAGAAAUGGUAGAGAUUAUCGUCGUGGAAAUUUCUUAGGUGAAGGUGGUUUUGCUCGUUGUUUUCAAAUGAAAGAUGCUUCAGGCCAAAUUUAUGCGGCUAAAACUGUUGCCAAAGCUUCUAUAAAAAAUGAAAAAACAAAGACUAAACUUUUGUCAGAAAUUAAGAUUCACAAGUCGUUGAAACAUCCAAAUAUUGUCAAUUUUGUUGAUUGUUUUGAAGAUGAUGUCAAUGUAUAUAUUCUUCUCGAAAUAUGUCCAAAUCAAUCCUUGAUGGAGCUUUUAAAGAACAGGAAAAGGGUAUCGGAACCAGAAGUCAGAUUGUUUAUGGUUCAGGUAGUUGGUGCAAUCAAAUACUUGCAUUCGAGAAGGGUUAUUCAUAGAGACUUGAAGUUGGGUAAUAUUUUCUUUGAUCCUGAGAUGAACUUGAAGAUUGGUGACUUUGGAUUAGCAUCUGUAUUACCUUCAACUGAUUCAAAGAAAUAUACCGUGUGUGGUACUCCAAAUUACAUUGCACCUGAGGUCUUGGGAGGUAAGAACACUGGCCACAGUUUUGAGGUAGAUAUUUGGGCAAUUGGAAUUAUGAUGUAUGCUUUACUAGUGGGUAAACCUCCCUUCCAAGCUAAAGAUGUGAAUGUAAUCUAUGAAAGAAUCAAAAAGACAGAGUAUUACUUCCCUGAUGAUAAACCCAUCUCGGAAUCGGCCAAAAUUUUGAUCAAAGAUUUGUUGAGCUUGAAUCCAUUGAACAGACCCACUAUUGAUGAGAUCUUGAGUUAUGAAUGGUUUAAGGGUUCCUUCCCUGACAAAACUCGCGAUACUAGUUUAAGUGAAACCCCUCUAGGACUUGAUCAAAUUUCCAGAGUCCAGUCUGGCAAGAAUUUCAAACAUGCCAAGGAUAUGGCUGGUAUCUACACACCAAAGAGUAAAGAUCCGGUGGAGAUUUUAAGGUCAGAUUUACACUCUGAACAACCACGGGCUUUGCUCCCGGAGUCAUUAUCACCAAAUGAUACCAAAAACAAAUAUCGUGAAGUCAAUCCAGAACAAAUUGGAAGACCAAGGCGUGUCAAUUUUAAUUCACAUUUCUCCACAACUAUUAAGCGUCUUAAUCAAACUUGUUUUGAAACUUAUCAAAAUAUUAGAAGAUUGGAACAUUCGAGACACGAAAAUAUCGACCAAUUUGAACUUCCUGUAUGUGAAAACCCCUCCUUAAUCAGCAAGUGGGUUGACUAUUCGAACAAAUAUGGUUUCUCCUAUCAAUUGAACAAUGAUGAUAUCGGGGUUUUGUUUAAUGAUGAAAACACCUUGUUGAAGCUUCAUAAUUCCAACAAGUUUUUGGAAUUGAUUUAUCAUGAUGGUGAAGGAUGGACAUGUAUCGAAAACUCCUUGAGUCACCCUCCAGCACAAGCGAAAAGACAAUUGGAAAUUGUUGACUUUUUCGCUAAAUACAUGAAUAGCAAUUUGUCAAAAGUGAGUGACAAUGAAGAAAGGAAAGAGGUUGUUUUUUUGAGGCGCUAUAGCAGAACUCCCGAAUACAUUAUGUUUGAAAUGACAAAUGGAAACUUUCAAUUCAACUUUAAGGAUCAUCAUAAAAUUUGCAUAUCGAAAGCAGGGUUGGCCAUAACACACAUCUCACCGAACCGUUUAACACAAACACAUCCAUUGAUUUGCGUUCUCCAAAAUGGCAAUUUCCCAAUCGAGUCGGUUCCAGAGUGCUUACAAAAAAUUGCCAUCAUUAAAGAUGCAAUAAAGAGAAGGGCAUUCAAAGAGGAAUAG